CAAAGAGUGGCGCCACCUUCAUUCAAAGUUAUGAUAAUUGUUAGUACUAAAAUUUUGUAUUCGUAGUGCUGGAUGGAGAAUCACAUUUAUUCGUGUUUUCCAUGAAUAUAUCCUCUUAAAAUAUUGAAUAUUUCUGAUAGUGUUGCUGGCGGGUCGGCGAAAUGCACACGGCGAGCGCAGAUGGAACGUAUAGAGGGACGAACGGCGCCGCUCUCGGCCGGGACAAAGUGGCCAUACUGGAUGCUGGCUCGCAAUAUGGAAAGGUGAUAGACCGUCGCGUGCGAGAGCUAUGCGUGGAAUCGGACAUACUGCCGCUCGACACGCCCGCGUACCACCUCAAGGAGGCGGGCUAUCGCGCGAUCAUCAUAUCGGGUGGGCCCAACUCCGUGUACGCGGAGGACGCGCCGAGAUACGAUGCUGAUAUAUUCAAAAUUGGACUGCCGGUUUUAGGAAUAUGCUACGGUAUGCAAAUGUUGAACAAAGAGUUUGGCGGGUCGGUGCUGCGCAAGGAAGCCCGCGAGGACGGACAGUACGAGGUGGAGGUGGAAACCACAUGCCCUUUGUUCAACCGCCUAGAGAAACUGCAGCCCGUGCUGCUGACCCACGGCGACAGCGUGCAGAAGGUGGGCGAGCGGUUCCGCGUCGGCGCGCAGUCGUCCAACCACCUCAUCGCCGCCAUAUACAACGAGCAGCUGCGCCUCUACGGCGUGCAGUUCCAUCCCGAGGUGGACCUAACGCCGAAGGGCAAGCAGAUGCUGUCGAACUUCCUGUUCGACAUCGCGGGCAUGUCGCGCACGUUCACGCUGCGCUCGCGCCGCGAAGCGUGCGUGCAGUACAUACGCGACACGGUUGGCGAUAAUAAAGUGCUCGUUUUAGUAAGUGGCGGUGUGGAUUCGACGGUAUGCGCGGCGUUGUUGAGGACUGCCCUGCGAGAGGAUCAAGUUAUCGCCCUGCACAUUGAUAAUGGUUUCAUGCGUAAAAACGAAAGUGCCAAAGUCGAGAGGUGUCUUCGCGAGCUCGGAGUUCGUUUACACGUCAUAAAUGCGGGUCAUCAGUUCCGGCAAGGCAGCACCACAGUGCGCGAGGCGGGCGGGCGCACGCGGCACACGCCGCUGCUCUGCCAGACCACCGCGCCGGAGGACAAGCGCAAGAUCAUCGGUGACGUGUUCAUGCGCGUCGCGGAGCAGGCUGUGCGCGACCUGCUCAACCUGCAAGAGGACCAAGUGCUCCUCGGACAAGGCACACUCCGGCCGGACCUGAUCGAGUCCGCGUCAUCGAUGGCGUCCAGCAACGCGGCGACGAUCAAGACGCACCACAACGACACGGAGCUGGUGCGGGCGCUGCGCCAGCGCGGCCGCGUCGUGGAGCCGCUGAAAGACUUCCACAAGGACGAGGUGCGCAUCCUGGGUGCAGAGCUGGGCUUGCCCGCAGCGCUGGUCGAGAGGCAGCCGUUCCCGGGCCCCGGGCUGGCGGUGCGCGUGCUCUGCCAGGACGAGCCCUAUGCGGACAGAGACUUUGCUGAGACACAGGUGAUAGUGAAGAUAAUGGUGGAGUACGCGUCCAUGUGCGUCAAGUGCCACGCGCUGCUCGGGCGCGUGACGAACGCGACGACGGCGAGCGAGCAGGCGGAGCUGCGGCGCAUCUCGUCCACCGGCCCGCUCGUCGCCACGCUGCUGCCCGUGCGCUCUGUCGGCGUGCAAGGCGACGGGCGCACGUACAGCUACGCGGUGGCGCUGUCGACGGAGCGCUACCCGCCCGACUGGAAGGACAUGCAGUACCUCGCGCGCAUCAUUCCGCGCGUCUGCCACAACGUCAACAGGGUGUGCUACGCGUUCGGCGGGCUGAUAAAGGAACAGAUAACGGACAUAACGCCCACUUUCCUCACGCAACAAGUCAUAUCGACGAUACGGCAGGCGGACGAUUUGGCUACACAGGUGCUGGUGUCGAGCGGGUACGCGGCGCGCAUCGCGCAGAUGCCGGUGGUGCUGGUGCCGGUGCACUUCGACCGCGACGCGGCCGUGCGCGCGCCCUCGUGCCAGCGCUCGCUCGUGCUGCGCCCCUUCCUCACCGCCGACUUCAUGACCGGCGUGCCCGCGCUGCCCGGCUCCGACGUCAUGCCGCAGGACGUGGUGGACAGAAUGCGCAAGGAGCUGGUGAGCGUGCCGGGCAUCUCGCGGGUGCUGUACGACCUGACGCCCAAGCCGCCCGCCACCACCGAGUGGGAAUGAUCGCCUCAAUGCCUUCCUUUUAUAUAUAUUUUUUUACUCAAGCACCCACGGCAGCGGUCCCAUAUUUUGUUAUUCUGUUAUACAGAGCAAUAGAGACAGCACCUUAUGUGAAAACCUACAUUUUGUAUGUUGACUUUAACGGUUGUUAAUGUUGAAUUUGUUAGUGUUAAUUGUUAACAUUUUUAUCCAGUGGAUUAGCCCGGUGAAUUGGACAGAUUGUGACGCUAAGGCGUGAAGACAAAGCUUGAUGUGUUGUUGUUUAAUGUACAUAAUAAAUUCACUUGUCAUACUGGUAUUAAUUUAGCAUUGUCAACAGCAGCUCUUAUUCAGUUGUUUUAUUAUUUCACAGUAAACCAUUUUUUCAACAACUAUAAUCGGGUUUUAAAGAAUGUCUCACGUCAAGCGUGUCUCACUCUGAAUAGUUGUUGUUAAAAGGAACCAUGCAUUUGAUGGAGAUUUUUUUUCGUUAUUGAGUGGGACCACUGCCUCUAAGGAAUUUGUAAAUAAAUUGGUGAACGGAAACGCGCGUAUAUUUAGCUCCACUGUUUUGUAACGUGUAGUAUAACUAUCGAAGGCUGUGUAAAAUAUAAAGCCAACAGAUAUUUGCACUCCAAAUAUAAAUCUUGUAUGAAAUCAGACGCAUUGUUUUAUGGAAUGGUUCAGUGUUAUUGACUGGAGGUUUCAUAAUAAAAAUUAUAUUAUUGCUUUAUUUUCA